AUGGUUUCCAAGAAUCCCGGGAAGAGGAGGAGAACGAAGGCGGGAGGGGGAAGCAAGCGCUACCCCACCAAUCCUGCCGAGGAAUGGCACGACGUCCUCCAUAGGGUUUACUACGACCCCAGACAUCCUGCAGGGUACGGUGGAGUAGGACGGCUCCAUCGAGCCGUGCGUAACAAGUACGGAGUCACCCGAAAACAAGUAGAAGCGUGGUUGCGUUCUCAAGACACACACACCUUACACAAGCCCAUCAGACGACGUUUUCAAAGGAACCGCGUGAUAACCGGAGGAAUACACGACCAGUGGCAGGCUGAUCUCGCCGAUAUGUCAUCCCUCUCUCGGCAGAAUGACGGGUAUCGCUAUCUCCUGACCUGCAUAGACGUAUUUUCUAAAUACGCGUGGGUCGUUCCCAUCAAAGACAAGACGGGCCCCACCUUGGCGAAAGCCUUUCAAACCAUCCUAGCCGAGGACGAGCAAAAGCCCAGGUGUCUGCAAACGGAUCAAGGCACGGAGUUUCUCAAUCGACACGUCCAGUCUCUAUUGAAGAAGGAAGGGAUCAAAUUCUUUACGACGUUUAGUGUGGAAACCAAAGCCAGUGUGGUGGAGAGGUUCAAUCGUACGCUGAAGACGAGAAUGUGGAAAUAUUUCACCGCAAAGAACACGCACCGGUACAUUGACGUCCUGGGCGACCUGGUGUGGUCCUACAACCGCUCCUACCACCGCAGCAUCAAAAUGGCUCCCAUCGAAGUGAACGAGAAGAACGAGGGGCUCGUGUGGCAUACCCUGUACGGAGAAGAUGACAUCUCGAAACCCCGGAAAGGGAGAAAACAACCAUCGUUCAAAUUUCGAGUCGGAGAUUCGGUUCGAAUCAGCAAAUCUAAACUGCGCCUGGAAAAGGGCUAUACGCCUAAUUGGACCACAGAGAUCUUCAUCGUCUCCGAACAAAUUGCCCGCCGUCCUCCCGUUUAUCGCGUGAAAGAUUACGACGGAGAAGUUUUGAGAGGGACGUUUUACGAAAAGGAGUUGCAGAAAGUUACGAAAAAAGACGACGACGUCUAUCAAGUAGAGGACAUCCUGGACACGCGAAGGCGAGGCAAAAAGAAGGAGUUCUUUGUGAAAUGGAAAGGAUAUCCGGCCAAGUUUAAUAGCUGGGUGAGAGAAGAGGACAUGGUUCCAAUAUGA